AUGGCUGAUUGUCUCCCCCACGAUCAGGGCUUAACCGGAUCCUUCUGCUCCAAUAUAAGCCUCCUCACGUCUCUGACAAAGAUUGACUUGGCCAACAACUCGCUAUCAGGCUCUCUUCCAACCAGCCUUGGCAACCUUACUAGACUGGACACCCUCUGCAAGGUGGAGGAGGGGGAAGGUGGGGGGGAGGGGGCAUGGGGGGGUUGGAAGGGGGGGUUAGAAUCUGGCAUCGUUCCGCCCACCCUUGGGAAUUUCACUCGCGUCUCUACACUGAGCCGGGCAAUCCUGCACAGUCAAGCAGACCAGCUCCACCCAGUUCUUCCCUUCUCUUCCUCCAUCCUCUCGCUCUCCUUUUUCACACUCCUUUCUCUGUCCCGUCCCGCCAGUGUGCUGGACGGGAGCAGGCUCAUCUGCCCCACAGGAGCCGGGCAAUCCUGCACGGUCAAGCAGACCAGCUCCACCCAAUUCUGCCAGACGUGCAGCGAGUUUUGCUCCACUUGCACUCCUGUUCCUGAUGCCCCCUCCACAGCACCUGCUCCGUCUUCUCCAUCUCCUCCCUCACCUCCUCCUCCUCCGCCUCCUGCCUCUUCUGGUUUGCCUGUGGGAGCUAUCGUUGGGAUUGCGCUGGGAGGUGCCCUAGCUGCUGCUCUGCUUGCCGGCGGCAUUUUCUUUUUCUGCAGACGAAAUUCCACUGCAGGUGCGAGCUAUUGUUGGUCCCUCACCUCUUCUUCCCUCACCUCUUCCUCCCCCACCUCUUCCUUCCUCCCUCACCUCUUCCUCCCGCACUUCCUUCUCCUCCUCCUCCCUCCUCUGCUCUGUCUGUGGGAGCUAUCGUUGGGAUUGUUGCUGGGAGGUGUCCUAGCUGCUGCACUCCUCGCUAUUGCCGUGGAGGAGAUGGCAUCAAAGAGCCAUCCGCACUUGGUGCGGCUGCUGGGGUACUGUGUGGACAUUGACAGGGCAACAGACCACCAUGAGCAAAUCGUCAUUUACGAGUUCUGCCCCAAUGGGGACCUCGAGAAGUACCUCAGUGAAGUGCCUCACAGGUCUGUGUUAACGGAGACCUCUACAAGUACCUUUGUGAAGCCAAAGGUAUCAGAUUUCGGGCUGCUUCGGUGUGAUGAUGCUUAA